AUGAGGCUGGAGCGCGGACGGCGAGCUUCUCUGGCGCUGACCCUCAACUUUGUGGCGUUCGCCUUCGCCCUGUCUGCCAUCACCACCAGCUACUGGUGCGAGGGUACUCGCAAGGUAGCCAAGCCCUUCUGCACCGGGCCGCCCGUCAAGGUCAAGCAGUUCUUUUGCAUCCGCUUCAACAGCUCCAACAUCAACGACAGUCGGCUGGUGCAGUACAUCUUUGAGACCGGGGAGGAGAAAUUCCUGCUCAAGAAGUUCCAUACCGGGAUCUUCUUCUCCUGUGAGCAGGCUGCUGACAUGAAAGGCUUCGACUGUCGGGACUUCUCGGAGAUCGCACCGGAACACGAACGAGGGGUGCUGUGGCUGUGCAUUGUAGCCGAGACCUUGUACCUGACGCUGCUGUUUGCGGGUGGCGCCCUGAUGGCCUUGGAGCAGUGUCCUUGCUUCAGCGUCAUGAACAAACUCAAACUGAGUGCCUUUGCCGCCUUGUGCACCGCACUGUCAGGCCUUUGUGGGAUGGUGGCCCACAUGAUGUUCACCACCAUUUUCCAGCUGGCCGUGGCCAUGGGUCCAGAAGACUGGAGGCCCAAAACCUGGGACUACAGCUGGUCUUAUGUCCUAGCUUGGGGGUCGUUCGGCACCUGCAUGGGCUCGGCGGUGACGGCGCUCAACCGCUACACCAAGACCAUCAUCGAAUUCAAGUUCAAGCGGAGAAACAUUGAGAAGAGUCUUCUUGUCAAGCAGAAGCUGCUGGACCUUGACCUCCCCGACCAGAUGUGGUACCUGACGGCCGACGCCGAGGCGCCGCCGGAACUGCCGCUCAAUGGACACAAGCCGCCCACUGGGGACACGUACGCCUUGGAAGCAGACCACAUGGUUGAGCCGCAAAAUGAAGCCUACUGCUAGAGGCCCCAGUUGAUUGUUGGAUUGAAAAAUCUAAUAUAGGGAUAUAUUUGCGCGUGUGUGUGUAUAUCCUCGCGGAAAUAAUGUAACCCGCUUGGCUUUGAGACAACAUGCGUCUCAUCAAAUCUUGCCCAUGUGAUCGCCUAAGAGGCAGCAGGCAGGAGGAAAUGCUAGCGGUGUCUUUAUGCUCAGCUGCAGAUGUUCGGACUCAAUACGUUUUGAGAGGAGGCAACAUGAAGAUGAUUUUCACUUCACUCUAUAGCUAAAAUAAAGAAAUAUAUACAAAAUAAAGCA